CAAUCUGACACUACAGUACCCCCACACACAGGACUUGCUCCUCACGUGCCAGGGACAUGCAUCUGCAGAUGUGAACUCCGCGGUUUCAGACUUUUGCAAGAGGCCUAAUCCAAACUUUGUUUCAAGCAAGAGGACAACAACAUCUGCAGCUGCGUCAACCACAAAACAUUCAGACAAUGGCAAUUCUGAAUCCCAUUAUGAACGUGUGCUGCAAGAAUUUUCAAAGCCACCCGCUAAAUAAGCAGAUGUCCCUAAUUUUGCGCGCCCUGCACAAGUCGGCGGCUAGCGAAGCGUUGCGGAUCUCUGCGGCUGGACAAGAGGCUAUAUCUGAAGAUUUGAUCCCACCAGCGGCCGCUAACAAGACAGCUAGGAUCAAGAGCCUGAAGGAGAUGCCCGGACCCAGCACCGUUGGCAACCUCAUUGAAUUCUUCUAUCGAGACGGGUUCAGCAGAAUUCAUGAAAUCCAGAUGGAGCACACGCAGAAGUAUGGAAAAAUUUUCAAAUCCCGUUUCGGACCCCAGCUGGUGGUGUCCGUGGCCGAUCGUGAUCUGGUGGCUCAGGUGCUGAGGGCGGAGGGUGUCGCCCCUCAGAGAGCCAACAUGGAGUCCUGGAAGGAGUACAGAGACCUGAGGGGCCGAUCCACUGGCCUUAUCUCAGCCGAGGGAGAGGACUGGCUGAAGAUGCGCAGCGUGCUCAGGCAGCUCAUCCUGCGCCCACGUGAUGUUGCCGUUUUCUCUGAUGACGUGAACAAAGUCGUAGAUGACCUGGUGAGGAGGGUUUGCGAGCUGCGCAGCCAGGGACCCGGUGGAACAACUGUCCUCAAUGUGAACGACCUCUUCUUCAAAUAUGCCAUGGAGGCUGUGGCAGCCAUUUUGUACGAGUGUCGGCUUGGCUGUCUGGAGAAUGUGAUUCCCCAGGACACCCAAGAGUACAUCACUGCCCUGCACCUCAUGUUCAGCUCCUUCAAGACCACCAUGUACGCCGGGGCAAUCCCUAAAUGGCUGCGGCCCAUCAUCCCCAAACCAUGGGAGGAGUUCUGCAAAUCUUGGGACGGCCUUUUCAAAUUCAGCCAGAUCCAUGUCGAUAACAGGCUGGGGGAGAUCAAGGCCCAGCUGGAGCGGGGAGAGGAAGUGAAGGGGGGACUGCUCACACACAUGCUAGUUACCAAGGAGAUGAACCUGGAGGAGAUCUACGCCAACAUGACGGAGAUGCUGCUGGCGGGGGUUGACACGACAUCUUUCACCAUGUCAUGGGCCACCUACCUGUUGGCGUGUCACCCUCAAGUGCAGCAGCAAAUCUAUGAGGAGGUGACAAGGACUCUGGGACAGGAAGCGGUCCCCACAGCUGACGAUGUCCCUCGUCUGCCUCUCAUCAGAGGCCUGGUCAAAGAGACACUCAGGCUUUUUCCAGUUCUCCCUGGCAACGGACGGAUUACCCAGGAUGACUUGGUGGUGGGCGGAUACUUCAUCCCCAAAGGGACUCAGCUGGCCCUGUGUCACUACUCGACAUCAUGGGAUGAGGACAAUUUCCUCAGUGCUGCCGACUUCAGACCUGACCGCUGGAUACGGAAAGACACCACAGAUCGCGUCGACAACUUUGGCUCAAUCCCCUUUGGCUAUGGCAUCAGAAGCUGCAUCGGCAGGAGAAUAGCAGAGUUAGAGAUGCACCUAGCACUCACAAGGCUCAUUCAGAGGUUCCACAUCGGCGUGUCCCCGCUCAGCACCGAGGUGAAGGCUAAAACCCACGGCCUGCUCUGCCCUUCUGCCCCCAUCAACCUGCAGUUCACCAGCAGGGAAAGCUGGUCUCCUUAAGGCCUACUGUGUAUUUUACUUUUGUUGAAGAUCAGAAUCACUAGCAGCAGGUUUGAACACACUGCUUUUUAGUACACUUCUCCUUUCCUGUGCGAUCACAGGUCACCUGUGCUGAUCUGUGACUGAGGUUUUACUCAGGCAAGAAAUGUGAGAUGUGUUUCAUAUUCUACUGUGUUGAUAGUAAAGAGGACACAAAAAAGUAGCUCUGGACCAAUAAUGUAAAAACAAAAGCUGUUCUUUAUUUGUUUGUUGUUGUUUGUAGUUACUGAAACCCACACCUCCUUCCACUCAUCCUAUUUAAAAUAGUGAGUGGAAAAAAUGUACUAAAUUCUAUUUUACACUGUAUCUCUACACACACACACACACACACACACACACACACAGACAAUGAUAAUUAUUUAAUCAGUUUAUGUUGUUUCCUCCCUAAGAUUGAGAAAGUGGUUGGAAUGAUGAAGGACGACACUGAAUGUAAUGAAGACUUGCUUUUUUACUACGUACGUGUACAGUCAUCUUACAGUGGCGAUCAUGUUGUCUGCACAUUGCAAAACAUUUUUCCCCACAUUGCUUUGAUUUAGCACCACCAAAUUUCCAGAGAUCUGAGAUUGAGAAAAAAUCAAAUUCAGUCAUUUAAAUUUAUUACAUGUUUUCAAUCAGAGUUUACUCAUUUUACAAUAAGAAUGCAGUUAGUGGCGAGACAGGUUUCAACAUAUUUGUUCAUUUUUUAUUUGUUUUUACACCUUUCCAAAAAAAGGACAUUUUUUUCAAAAAUGAAGUAAAAUAAAUAACAGCCUGGCAAAGUAAAUUAACCUGCGUUGGUGGGAGUUAAUUUAGACCAAAUUUAGCUGAAAGUGUGGGAUAUAUGGUUGGUCUGUAAUUUGUCUGACAUCAAAGUAGGCCACAACCAUCAUCCAUCCAACUGCUGGCACGCUUCAUACUGGUAAUGGGUUGUUCAUCACAGCACAUAAAUCCAGCUAACGUUCUUAAUGAACUCAAAAGGAUGAUUAGCCUUGCAAAUUAGUGUUGAUGAAUGAGCCAUUAUUAACACAAAGCUUGGUGGCAGUAGGAAGACAUUUUGUUGCUUCAAUAAUGAAAUGAAACACAAAAAGAAAAGUUUUGGGUUAUAUAUUGUUUUUAUGUGAAUACAUGCCACGUACAGCAGAGUCAGAUGAAACGGCAUUCGAGAGAGAAAUUGUAUGGUCUUGAGCAGUUUUUGGAGGGGGAAAUGGGAUGUAGGAGUUGGCUAUUUUGGGCGCUCACACUGGUUUGCAUAGUAGAGGAAACCGAAACAUUUGCAAGUCUCCUGUCUAUUUAUCCACUCUUGUGUCUUUCUGUACUUUAGUUUUUGUAACCUGUUCAUGUCUACUGUAGUUCCAGCAAAAUUGGAAGCCAAUAAAAAUGAUUUA